AUGGCUCGCCCGUCGCCCACCGACUUCUCUCAGUCGGUUAAGCUCAAAUACGUAAAGCUCGGCUAUCAAUACCUUGUCAACCACUUCAUGUCCCUCCUCCUAAUCCCACUCAUUUCUGCCCUCGCCAUAGAAACCCUCCGCACGGGUCCUGAGGAAUUCAUCAACCUCUACAACAAACUCCAACUCAAUCCCUUCCACCUCAUUUUCUCCAUCUUCUUCUUCAUAUACAUUUCAACAUACUUCUUCAUGUCGCGUCCGAGGCCGGUCUACUUGGUGGACUACGCACUGUUCAAGCCGCCCACGAGCUUCCGCGUCUCGUUCGCGGGCUUCGUGGAGCACUCACGCAUGGACCUCUCCAGCGAGCCCAAGAGCAUCAAUUUUCAACUCAAAAUCCUCGAGCGCUCGGGCCUCGGCGAAGAGACCUGUCUCCCCCCCGCCCUUCGCUACAUCCCGCCCUCCCCAGACAUGGCCUCGGCACGAGAAGAGGCCGAGCUCGUAAUAUUCUCCUGCAUGGAUUCCCUCUUCCAGAAAACCGGGCUCAAGCCCAAGGACAUCGACGUCCUCAUUCUCAACUGCAGUCUGUUCUCUCCGACCCCGUCGCUCACCGCCAUGGUGAUCAACAAGUACCGAAUGAGGAGCAACAUCAAGAGCUUCAAUCUAUCGGGAAUGGGCUGCAGUGCCGGACUCAUUUCGGUCGAUCUGGCCAAGGAUCUUCUUCAGCACUACCCGAACUCGAACGCGGUCGUGAUCAGCACCGAGAUUCUGACCCCCAACAGAUACAUGGGGAAGGAGCGCGCGAUGCUCCUUCCCAACUGCCUCUUCCGCAUGGGCGGCGCCGCCUUGCUGAUGUCGAACCGGCGCGCUGACCGGAAACGGGCCAAGUACCGGCUGGCCCACGUAGUCCGUACCCAUAAAGGCUCGGACGACAAGUCGUACAAUUGCGUUUCUCAGGAAGAGGACGACGAGGGAUUUGUUGGAAUCAAACUGAACAUCGACCUCAUGGCGAUUGCUGGGGAAGCUCUGAAAUCGAACAUCACGACGAUAGGGCCGUUAGUGCUGCCGGCGUCCGAGCAGUUGCUGUUCGCGCUGUCGGUCGUCGGGCGUUUCGUCGUGAGUUCAAAGUGGAAGAGUUAUGUUCCGGAUUUCAAGCAGGCGUUUGAGCACUUCUGCAUACAUGCGGGGGGGCGGGCGGUGAUAGACGAGCUGCAGAGGAGUUUGAGGCUGACGGAGGAGGACGUGGAGGCGUCGAGGAUGACGCUGCAUAGGUUUGGGAAUACGUCGUCGUCUUCGCUGUGGUAUGAGUUGAGUUAUAUUGAGUCCAAGGGGAGGAUGAGGAGAGGGGAUCGAGUGUGGCAGAUAGCGUUUGGGAGUGGGUUUAAGUGUAAUAGUGCGGUUUGGAAGUGUAACAGAACUAUACCGACGCCCGUUGAUGGGCCGUGGGCCGAUUGCAUUGAUAAGUACCCGGUUCACAUACCCGAAGUGGUUAAGCUCUGA